AUGUGGAUCAAUAAUCAGAGCUCACUAGAUGAUUUUAUCUUAUUGGGAUUCUCUGAUCGCCCCUGGCUGGAGACACCACUCUUUGUAAUCUUUCUGGUGGCUUAUUUUGCCCUGUUUGGAAAUAUCUCCAUUAUCCUAGUUUCCCGCCUGGAUCCCCAGCUUGACAGUCCCAUGUACUUUUUUGUCUCUAAUCUAUCCCUUCUGGACCUCUGCUAUACUACCAGCACUGUCCCACAGAUGCUAGUCAACCUUCAGGGACCAGAAAAGACCAUUAGCUACGGUGGUUGUGUUGCCCAACUCUAUAUUUUCUUGGCCUUGGGUUCUACUGAAUGCAUACUUCUAGCCAUCAUGGCCUUCGAUCGUUAUGCUGCUAUUUGCAAGCCCCUUCACUACCCAAUCAUCAUGAACCAGAGACGCUGUAUCCACAUGGCCACUGGGACCUGGAUUAGUGGCUUUGCUAACUCCCUUGUGCAGUCCACUCUCACAGUGUUGACCCCAAGAUGUGGACAGAGGGUGAUGGACCCUUUCUUCUGUGAAGUUCCUGCUCUUUUGAAACUAGCUUGUACUGAUACUCAUGUGAAUGAGGCUGAGCUCAAUGUGCUUGGGGUUUUGCUACUUCUGGUGCCCCUCACCCUCAUCCUGGGCACUUAUGUGUUCAUUGCUCAGGCAGUAAUGAGGAUCCGCUCUGCUGAAAGUCGCUGGAAGGCCUUUAAUACCUGUGCUUCACAUUUGCUGGUGGUCUCCCUCUUCUACUUUACAGCCAUCAGUAUGUAUGUCCAGCCUCCCUCUAGUUAUUCUCGUGACAGAGGGAAGAUCAUGGCUCUGUUCUAUGGGAUUGUCACACCUACACUCAAUCCAUUUAUCUAUACACUGAGGAACAAGGAUGUGAAAGCUGCCCUGAGAAGGGCACUGACUAAGGAAUUUUGA